AUGCGAGAUUUUGAUGUAAACGUUGAGCCUCUCAGUUUUCGAUUGAAUUCUAAUGGUUUAAUUGUUGAAUGGCCGGGGAAUGUUGUUAGUUGUUACACACAGAGAUGGCUGAGAACUCAUUGCCCUGGCAGCAAAGAAGUUAUAGAGAAGAGAAGACAAAUUUAUCUUGGUCGUGAAUGCAUUCGUCUCUGGGAGGAUGGGGGACCAACGAGCAAAAAUCGUUUCCAGUUUUUUCAUCAAUCGUUUUUGGAAGAUGACAAAGUAUUACAUGAUUUUCUACAAUCAGUUUGUGUGGAUGGCAUUGCAGUACUCAGAGGGCAGGAAUAUGGUCCAAACCUAAGAAAUGAAGUUUUUUUAAGUAUAAUUCGACGUAUUGGAAUGGUACAACCUACACAUUUUGGUGAAACUUUUGAAGUCUGCCCUAAACCGGAUGCAAGUAACAUGGCGUAUGCAAAUACUGGAGAACUUCCCUACCACACAGACUUUCCAUCUCUACAAGAUCCACCACAACUUCAAUUGCUUCAUAUGUGUAAACAGUCCGAAUGUGGUGGAGGGAAAAGUAUGUUUGUUGAUGGAUUUUCUAUUGCUAGAGAGAUGUCAUUAAAAUACCCUAAAGAAUACCAAAUUCUCAGUGAUUAUCCUUUGGAAUUUAUCGAAGAAGGUUAUGAUGUUCACAAUGUUAAAGGCUUUCAAGACAAGGAGGAAAGGGUUGAUUUUUCUAUGGUAGCCAGGCAUAAAACGUUCAAAACCGAUGAAUCUGGACUUAUACAAGUACAAUUCGGAAAUGUUAUGAGAAGCUGGUUUUUGGACAUGGCUGCAAAUGACCCUUUACUUGUUCAAAAUAUUUAUUCUUCACUUAAGUUGUUCACUGAAUUGUGCUAUUUACCUGAAAAUCAACUUAUUUUCUCGCUUAAUUCUGGUGACACAGUUCUUUGGGCCAACACAAGAAUUCUUCAUGCUCGUAGUGCUUAUAAUUUAAUUGGAAUACCUGAAAGGGAGCGUCAUCUACUUGGAUGCUAUUUUUCUUGGGAUACAAUAAAAUCAAAAAUUCGUCUAAUCAGAAGACAAUUAAAACUGGAGGAGGAUCAAGAAACACUUUAA